AUGGAACCGCCGCAGUUGACGCUUUUUGUGUCAAAGUCGGCCGAGUAUCAGGCUCCCGGACCGUUGGCAGACAUGUCGACUCAGCAUAUGUUGCCGUUUGUGGAGGGGGCUGUCAAUUUCAACUUCACGGCCACCGAGGAUGUUUACAUUGCGGUUCACGCGCCGAACGUGUCGGAUGUUUUUGAGGGGAAAUACAAUUUUGAGAUUGCGGUCUCGGGGGAGGGGUAUUACUUUGCGUAUAACGAUCAGGAUGACGCGGAUCUCAUCUGGGUGGAUAGUGACUCCCAGGGGGCCCUGCUGAUCACGCACAACUUGACGACGGAGAGGGAUCCGGAGGUGCAGGAGAAGAUUAUGAGCAUGGAGCCGUAUCCGUAUGUGCUUUUUGCGCAUAACAAGACGGAUAGGGGGUUGGAUGGGUUGAAGCGUUCGUGGUGUGGGCUGAAGCUGAAUGCGAUGAUUGCGGGGGUGAGGGGGGGGAGGGAGGAGGGGAAGGUGAGGAGUAGUAUGACGAGACGGGGGAUGGGGGGGUUGCCGAAGCAACAGUUUUUCUUUAAUGGGUUGUGGGCCGAUACGAACUAUACGGCUUUUUUGGCGAGGGAGAGGAGGGGGGUGGGUUUGGGUUUGGGGAGGAGGCAGGAAGGGGGGGAGGACCAGGGGGGAGGCGGGGGGGUGGAGGUGUUCAAGCCGGUUGAUUUCACGACCAAGUCGGAUCACGGCAACUGCGCCCUCAUCACCGACCUCGAAUUCUGCAACGAGGUAGCUUACUCCGUCCCUUCCAACCCGUCGUUUGGCAACUCGACCCAGCUCGCCAGAUUCUACGACGACCACGCGGCCAAGCUCUACGUCAACUUUAACCUCACCCUCCAGCAGAUCCAGUGCGAAGCUGGGCCCACACAGCGGUACUCCCUCGUCAGGACCUGCGACGACUGCGCCAAUGCCUACAAGAACUGGCUCUGCUCCGUCACCAUCCCUCGCUGCGAAGACUUUGGCAACAGCGCCCCUUAUCUGCAAGCCAGGGCGAUAUCCCAGCCGUUCCCGGACGGGGAGAUGCUGAGCAAGGAGGAGCUGGGGAGCAUGCCGAACAUUACACGGUUCAACUCGAGUCGGAACACGAGGAUAGACGAGGAGAUUAGGCCGGGGCCGUAUAAAGAGUUGCUGCCGUGUGAGGACUUGUGUUAUGAUUUGGUGAGGAGCUGUCCGGCGAGUAUGGGGUUUGGGUGUCCCCAGCCUGGGGGGCUGGGGUUUGAGGGGAAUUAUGGGCAGAGGAGGGAGAAUGGGGAGUUGGUUUGUAAUUUCCAGGGGAGUGCGCAUAUUCCUUCUGGGGAGGGUAAGGUGCUUGUACGUUGGGGUGUGUUGGCUGCGGUGGUGGGGAUGGGGGUGGCUUGGGGGGUUUGA